AUGUGGCCGUACAAGAACGCACUGAAUGUAAAUAAAUCACCUUAUUGGAAAUUAUUUGCUCACUAUUGGAAAGUAAUUCUGAGUUUAUGGUAUUAUCCAUCUAAAUAUCACAUUAUCCCGUCUGUAAAACAAAAAAACUAUAUAUUUCAGCCUAUUUGGAAUUGUCUACUUGCUAAACCUGCAAUAGAUUUGAGAUAUGUGCCUGAAUUUCUGAGACUAUUCUUUUCGACAAGUAAUAAGUUCAGUUAUGAACGUCAAUGGAUUUGUCGAGUAUGUGUUGAUGGUUUAGGCGAUCCAGCAGACUAUUUAGUCAUGGAAAGUUCGUUAGUGUUUAAGCAUGUUUUGUCUGCUUAUUCUCUUCCUUCAGUAGAUGCUAAUUUCAAGUUAUUAGUAUUACGAUUACUUAUCAACGCUACGAAGCAUAGUCGGAUUGUACAUGCUCUGAUUCGGUUUCACGCCUUACCACUUUGGCUUUCACGUCAUGCAACAUCGAGCAGUUCUACUGAGCAAAGAUUAUUUUUGUGUAUUCUGAAAAUAUUCACAAUUCAUUAG